GUGACCUCAGUGCGAGCUGCAACUGGAUAUUAAUCGCUUCUUUCAAAAUGUUCUAAUUGGAAGAAUGCAUUGAUACAUUGUACGGGCGUGCUUUAUAAACUGAUCUUCUUAUACUGCUCCUAUUGAUGGUGAUUCAGUCCCCUAGUUUCAAAUCUUCAGGAUGGGUCAAUAUCUGAGCACGGUAUACAGAUACAGAUGGCCUGUCAUACACAGUAUAAAUAUAUACCUUGGAAUUCAAUCUUAUUACAAACCCAACCACAUACAUGAUACUCUCCUUAUUUGCUUUACAUCUCUUUCCAUGCUGAAAUUACUUAGUGACCGAUCAAAAUCUCCGAGACCUCCAAGACUUCCAAUACUCAGAUACAAAUGGCCUGCCAUAUACGCUCUUAAUUUAUACCUUGCGGUUCAAUAUUAUUACAAAGCCAACCAUGGAAAUGGGUUUCCCCUGAUUUGCCUCUCAUGUGUUUCCAUAACAAAAUUACUUUGUGACCGAAGAUCAAGCCAUCCGAGGCCUCCAGGACUUCCAAUUAACGAUGACCCACAGGACUCACCUGACCCACAUAAUCCACCCGACUCACCUGACUCACGUUUCCAACCCCAACAAUAUGUGGCGACCACCAUUGGGAUAUUCUCCAGAUCUGCAGAGGACGAGUAUAACUGGUUAACUCGCAGGCUUGGAAAGAAAUAUAAAGUCCAAUCCUUCUUUAUUUCAAACACAAACCAUCAGGCGUUUAGAGAGUCUGUCAGUAACUGCCAUAUCGCCAUAUUAUACCAUUCGAAAACCCGGGGACGCGUCAACAUUACUGAUGUGACGGAUUCUUUGUACGAUACGGAGCUGGAAUUCAUGGCAAGAACACGCGGGAAGAAGAAGGUCUUUGUGGUGGUUGACGAUCUGGAUGACAGCAGUAUUAAUACUAAGCAGAGCAUCCUACAGAAUCAGCCCAGUAUCCACUUGCUGGCCGGAGACGUCUUCCUCUUCAGCAGAGAAGACAAGAGAAACGAUGAAACGAUGACAGAGAAAGUCGUGCAAAUAGUACAGCAUUUCUAACAUUAUACUUAUAUGUUGUAACAAACAAAGAAAAGCAUACAAAUGUCUCAUCUAUUCUAGAAACGUUUGGACACUUUUACAUAUUCAAACAUUGGGUCUAAACAAUUGUGCACUAAAUUCAUAGCCAUAAUCUCACAAACACCCAAAACGGAUGGAACAGGGUCUCAUAAUCAUUGUGAAUACAAGUGACUCAUUAUGAACUCUUUCCAUGAUAAUGACUGGUGAUGGCUUGGACAAGACAUUGAAUCCCACCUGCAUUCCGAAGACCCCUUUAUUGGAUUUCCUAUUUGAAGCUGAGCUUGACCACAUGUACAAUUAAAUGAAUAAAGUUUGACAUAAAUCUAUGCUUAGACCAACACGAUGCCUGUCUUUGUUAUAGCAGAGAUAAACAUCUAAUUAUCUGGA